GCGUGGGGGCAGCAACAAGUGUAUUGGGACGUGUGAAGCAUCUACCGCGUGAGGAUGGGAGGAAGAAACGAAGCGCAUAUGUGUUCGGCGGUCUGCAAUUGCCGUCAUUUCAAGGCUUUAAUUCAAGCCUCAGCUCUGGCGGACGCGCAUUCACGCGCCAAUACAAGCCUCUCCUUUCCCACAAAGAAAAAGAAAAAGCGAACCCAGAAGCAGCACAGAAAAAGGAGAAGAAGAAAGAAGAGAAGCAGACUCCUCAAGACGAAGAGAGAGAGAGAGAGAGAGAGAGAGAGAGAGAGAUGCAGAGGCGCAGGGUGCGGCCGAGAAGGGUGACCGUCAUGCGGUUGCUGCUGACCAUCGCCGUAGGCACCGUCUUCCUGGUGGCGCUGCUGGCCGUGCAAGUGUCCCCUUCGUCCUCCUACUCCUCCUCGUCCUCCCCGGGUGCUUACAAGCUCCCCAAGAGGCAUGAGAUUGGGUAUGGAAGUUGGCGUUCCGAGCACAAAUGGGUGCAAGAAGCGGUUCCUCCUCAACUCUCCAAGGCGUCGGCUGCUCAUCAUCAGUGGGAUAGCACGAGCCAGGAGACGACGGAGGAAUUCGAGAAGCUGUGGAAGCCUCCAUCAGAUCGUGGCUUUGUGCCUUGCACUAAACCCAGCUCAUCGUAUUCAUCUCCUGGAGAGUCAAGAGGUUACCUGUUAGUGAGCACCAAUGGUGGGUUGAACCAGAUGAGGGCAGGGAUCUCUGACAUGGUAGCAGUUGUGCGGAUUAUCAAUGCCACUCUCGUGAUUCCAAAACUCGAUAAGAGCUCAUUUUGGCAAGAUUCUAGCAAUUUUUCGGAUGUCUUUGACGAAGAUCACUUUAUACAUUCUUUGGCAAAUGAUGUGAAAAUCGUGAAGAAACUACCAAAGGAGCUUGCUGCAUCUACCAAAAUAGUGAAAUAUUUUAAGAGCUGGUCUGGUGUAGAAUAUUACCAGGAUGAGAUAUCUCGAUUAUGGAAUGAUAAUAAGGUUAUUCGAGCUGCUAAAUCAGAUUCUCGUCUUGCUAACAACAAUUUGUCCUCUGAGAUACAGAAGCUCCGUUGCCGAGUUUUCUACGAGUCUCUUCGUUUCGCCCCUAGCAUUGAGGCACUAGGAAAAUUGUUGGUUGAGAGAAUGAGAUCAUAUGGUCCAUUUAUUGCUCUGCACUUACGUUUCGAGAAGGACAUGCUUGCUUUUAGUGGUUGUACAUAUGGUUUGAGUCCUCAUGAAGCUAAUGAGCUAACCAAAAUUAGAGAAAACACACCACACUGGAAGGUGAAAGACAUUGACCCCAUGCAACAGAGAUCCAAAGGUCACUGUCCCCUUACGCCAAAAGAGGUUGGAAUUUUCCUUUCUGCUCUAGGAUAUCCAUCAAGUACUCCAAUAUAUAUUGCAGCUGGUGAUAUAUAUGGAGGUGAUUCACACAUGGCUGAUCUCCAAUCCCGGUUUCCGAUACUAAUGAGCAAGGAAAAGUUAGCUUCAGCAGAAGAGCUUGAUCCUUUUAGACCAUAUGCAUCUCAAAUGGCAGCAUUGGAUUACAUUGUCUCAGUGGAAAGCGAUGUUUUCGUUUCAUCAUACCUGGGAAACAUGGCAAGGGCGGUCGAGGGUCACCGUCGUUUCUUGGGCCACCGAAAAACCAUCACUCCCGAUAGGAAAUCACUUGUUCAUUUGAUUGAUAAGAUCGAUCGUGGAUCGCUCAAAGAAGGAAAAAAGCUAUCAAACAUGAUUCUUGAAGCCCACAAAGGAAGACAAGGGUCACCUCGCAAGAGAAAAGGUCCCAUCUCUGGAACAAGAGGAAAAGAAAGAUUUCGGUCCGAAGAAGCAUUCUACGAGAAUCCUCUACCGGACUGUUUGUGCCGGUCGGAAUCGGACGACACCACCGGUCAUCAUCAUCUUGUUACCACGUGAAUUAGAUGUUGCUGAUGACUUAACCAUAGCCGAUCGACCGACUGAAGGAGCAUUUGGAGAGCUCUGGUUGCGUUACGUACGACCAUGAAGCUACAGGUUACAGACAUGGCAAUCCAAAGUAGAGAAUUGAAGGCGGAGUCGUUGCAUGAAAGCUGCUGCUGCUGCUGCUGCGUUGGUGUUUCUUUAAAGAAGAUGGUGGCAUCUUUAUGAGAGGCAAUUACAGAUAGGCCUUUUUGUUUGUAUUACAGAAACCUCAGAUUUAUUUUUUUCUUUUAUAAGGAAAUAAUAAAGAGCAAAAUACAGCAUUAAUAUA